GAAAGUGUAUUGGCAAGAAUAAGUGUCAGGGAAGUUUGGUUUUUCACGAACAGGUUGUGUAUGAAAUUUUCAAAAGAAAUACCACGUUCACUGUUUUAGAAUUGUUUUCAGACAUGGGAUGAGAUUAUAUAUUCAGGAGUUUGCAGAAGAAGUCGGUAUCUGUUUUGCGGCUUCGGGUACCGAACGGCGGAUUGAUGACCUGGAAUUACGAUUAGAUAAUGCGCUUAAUAAAACAGAAAAAGACAUUUCGGCGUUAAAAGCUACAAUUACAGGAAUGAACAUAUCUGACUUUCAGAAUUGUAAAGACGGCAUGGAUGAAGUACUAAACGACACUGAAGGAAAAAUGGAUACGAAAGAUUUGACGUUGUUAAGAGAUAAAGAAGGAAAAGAAAGCUUAACAAUGAAAGAAAACAUAAAACGGGUGUAUGCGCACGUUGAGAAAAACUCGGUGGCAUUAAUGAAUGAGUUUCAAAAGACACUGACUGUUCUGAUGAAACAACAUAGGAAUAUAAACCAAAAGAUAAAGUCAAAUACAAAUAAUAUAAGAAAACUAGAACAAAAGAUGUCCGAGAAAGACAACAAAAGUGGUCAGCUAGAUAUUGCGAAGUUGGAAGACAAACUGUCUGUUCUCGACGAUAACUUCUAUGAUUUGAAAAACAAUCUUGAAAAAUAUAAUUCAGACUUUUACUACUUCGAGCGACGAUUGUCGAAGUUAGACAAAAAAGAUUACGACAUUGAUGAAAGCAUUAAAAAGACUUUUCACAGUGUUGCAAGUAUAGACCACAGCCUUGUUGAAAUGGACCAGCGCUAUCAAGAAUUUGCCAAAGAUUUAAAAGAUUUCAAGACUGAGAUAAGAAAUAAAAUCGAGGAAAUUAAAACAGAACUUAGCAUAUCCACAAAAGUCGAACAACCCGUAACGAAAACUUGUCCGCCUGAUUGGGUCCAACAUGGAAAUAUAUGCUAUCUAUAUAACAAAGAAACGGGUGAAGAUUGGGAAACAGCCUUGCGCAUGUGUAAAAAUAUUGGCGCGAAACUAGCAGAGCCAGAUACAAAAGAAGAAAUGAUUUUUCUACGCAGAUUUGUUCACGGUUGGAUUGGAGCUACAGAUGUAGAUAAUGAAGGAGUUUUUAUCUGGGAAAGUUCAAAGGAGGCUGUAAAAUCUUUCCCAUGGUGGCCGGGAAUGCCGGACGACCACGGCGGGGACCAGGACUGUGCCAGCAUUUGGGGAACCAUGAUCAAUGAUGAAGAUUGUUCCAAAAGAUACCGUUAUGUGUGCGAAAAAGAACUUCAGUGAAAAAAAGCAUGCUGAAUGAAGAAACUUCUGUUCGCGUUAUAUUUAUAAUAUUUUUAUGUUGUGACAAAGUAGUAGUGUAUUACAUCUUAAGGUCGUCCUGCACGUUUGGAUCGAAAUUUUUUCUACAUUGUAUAAUUCGGAUUUUUCAAAACUUAUAUAUAACAUAAUAUACCUAGAAAAUUCAGCAAAAAAAGGAUAUAGUCGUGUGCUUGAUCUUUUUGCUAGACUGAUUUGAAAAAUGUGGACCUCACGCAUUUAUUUUCAUAAUGUUGGUCUAUGGGAAAAUCAUAAAUCAUAAUUUUCAUAACAUUUUCGCGAAUAGAAUUUUUCUACAGUGUAGAUUUUGAUGAAACAUCUCACAGUUGUAUAUAAACAUAUGACCUAUAAUGUGGUGGUAUAAAUUAUAUAGGUCCGUGUGCUUAUUUUUGAGAUAUUUGACCAUGAUUAAAGUGAAUCGAAUAUUUCACACUAAUUUUCAGACAUUAUUUUGAAUGAUUUAACUUGUCAUAUGUUUUAAUGUCACAUGUUGACUACAGAAAUAUACUUAGUAGUAAUAUAUUCUAAUAAAUUUACUCACAGGUUGUCAUUCAUUCAUAAAAUGAUUUUCAUUUCCGUACGCCGAAUCUAGGGUCUAUUCUACGUUUUCCGGAUAAAUGACGGUACGCCAUCACUUCAAACGUGCAGAACUACCUCAAUAGUCGGUUGUUACAGAUUUUAUUGAUAUUACACAAUCACCAAGUCAUAUAUUUCAUAAUCGUGGAACAAAAUCGCGGUUCUUACGACGCGUGAAUAUUGAUAUACAUCGUUUGGAAAUACCAGUGACUGUCGCGUUUGGAAAAACUUUUGCAUUGAAACUCGAGAUUCCAGAAGCAACAAAGGAAGAAUACCACAUGUAGACCAGGUUUCAUGAUCGAACAAUCUUGAUAUUGAGGAUAACCCCGCACUGACAAAUAUUCUGAAAAACUGCCGAAUUUGCAUGAUCUGUUCUUUUUUUCUGGUGUUGUAAUAUCUUUUUUAUAAUAACGAGAGUUUCUGAACUAUUUUGAAAGGAAACAGCUGUGUGUCUUUUAAGAGACCAUUGCUCGUCCGCAAUAUAUUUUAUCGCCGCAUGAAUAUCCCAAACAUUCUUCUAUUUAUUUUAAACUGUGAUAUAAUAUAAUGUCAAUAUAUUGUUUUAUAAAGACACCAAUCUCAAAUAAUACAUUGUCAUAUGAAAUUUUAUGUAGACAACUGUAAAGUCAUUAUUUAUUUGAAACUUAACAUUGGGAAAUGACAUAACUAUGUUUGCCUGAAUAUAGAACACAUUAAACUGCCAUUGUGCUUAUACAUACAU